CUCUCUAACAGUUUUCUUCGACUGGUCACCCUAAAUUCUAGCAUGGCAACACACAAUUCCACGACGACCCUGAGAAGCAUCGGAUCAAUUAGGGUUCUAAAGGGGGAAAAAAGCUUUGCAGGAACCGCCAUUUUUUUUUAUCUUAGCUAGAAACUCAUCGACAAUAAUAAUGAGCUCACCAUCUUCUUCUUCUUCGUCGCCAUUGCCGCAAUCCGCCGAUUCGAGAUACGUGUCGCCAUUGUUACUCGGUGAAGAAGAAACCACCGCCAUUGAAACCGAUGAGCUGUACCCUGCGCCGACGACUUUGCUCGGACCGGACGACGGCGAUUAUCCGGCCGUGAUAGAUUUCCAGGACGCGAAACGUGUUUGUUUCUUGGAGUCGAAGAAGAUCUGGAGAAUCGCGGCUCCGAUCGCAUUCAAUAUCUUGUGCAACUAUGGCAUCAAUUCCUUCACCAAUAUCUUCGUCGGCCAUAUUGGAAACCUGCAGCUCUCUGCAAUCGCUAUUGCUCUGUCAGUCGUCGCCAACUUUUCCUUUGGUUUCUUGCUGGGCAUGGGAAGUGCACUGGAGACACUAUGCGGGCAGGCAGUUGGUGCAGGGCAAGUAGAGAUGUUGGGCGUUUACCUGCAGCGCUCAUGGAUCAUCCUAUCUGCCGCCUGCCUCCUGCUGUUGCCAUUAUACACCAUGGCCACGCCCAUCCUCAAGCUGCUUGGCCAACAACCCGAAAUCGCCGAGCUCGCCGGAGAAUUCACAGUCCAAAUCAUCCCUCAGAUGUUCUCUCUCGCCAUCAACUUCCCGACGCAGAAGUUCCUGCAGGCGCAGAGCGACGUCGGGAUCUUGGCGUGGAUCGGGUUUGCAGCUCUGAUCUUCCACAUAAUGGUUCUGUUUCUGUUCAUCAAAUUGCUAGGCUGGGGAACUGCUGGUGCUGCUGCAGCCUACAACAUCUCAGCAUGGGCCAUUGCUUUGGCUCAGGUGGCUUACGUGGUUGGGUGGUGCAAAGAUGGUUGGAGGGGGCUCUCAUGGCUGGCUUUUAAGGACAUUUGGGCCUUUUUGAAGCUCUCCAUUGCUUCAGCUGUCAUGCUUUGCUUGGAGAUUUGGUACUUUAUGACCAUCAUUGUUCUCACUGGCCAUCUUGCCAACCCCAUCAUUGCAGUUGGUUCUCUUGCAAUCUGCAUGAAUGUCAAUGGCUGGGUAGGCAUGUUGUUCAUUGGGAUAAAUGCAGCUAUAAGCGUCAGGGUCUCGAACGAACUCGGGUCUGGACAUCCCCGAGCCGCAAAAUAUUGCGUCGUUGUCACCGUUGUAGAGUCUCUCCUCAUUGGCAUUCUUUUCGCAACAGUUGUGGUGGCAACUAAAGACUACUUUUCUCUCAUCUUUACAGACAGCGAACGGAUGCAACAAGCGGUAUCUCAUUUGGCAUUCCUUCUUGGGGCAACAAUGCUUCUCAAUAGUGUCCAACCAGUAAUAUCAGGUGUUGCUGUUGGUGGAGGCUGGCAAGCUCUAGUUGCCUGUAUAAACUUGUUCUGUUAUUACAUUGUUGGGCUGCCUUUGGGGUUUUUUCUGGGCUACAAAAUGGGUUUGGGAGUGGAGGGAAUUUGGAUCGGUAUGAUUUCUGGGACCUCUUUGCAGACAGUGUUCCUCUUGUUUAUCGUCUAUCGAACCAAUUGGGAUAAAGAGGUAAAACAAGCAUCUGAGAGAAUGAAAAAAUGGAUAGGAAAAGACAUAAAUUCUGAUAUGACGUGAUAAAGGAAUAAGUGUCUUGUCCUUUUAUGCAUUCUUUUUCUUACCUGUCGAAGAUUUAAUGGUGCUCAGUACAGACAAGCCAGCACGUGAGUUAGAUUAUUCUUAUUAAUGGCUUCUAUGCCUGGACAUCCAUAUGAGCUCAGAAAGCCAACUUCUUUCGGUGCAUUAGAGAUGAAGUAUCUAGCUUCACUUUGAAAGACAGAGAUGAAGGGAUCGCAUCAGGCAAAGAUUUGGACACUAACCACCAUUUACAUUGCUCGUUUUCGACCAUGUUUUUUAAUUCUUGGUUAUGUAUAUGUAUAUAUAUUUUUGAAAUAUUAUAGUUCUGGUACAUGGUCGUUCAAAAGAUGUGUAUUUGAUAUGUAACCACCAUUGAUUAUAGUUUUGUAUCUCUUUAGAUGCGUCA